ACCGGGCGGCUGGACCAGGCCCGCGAGGACCUGAUGCAGGUGGCCACCAUGGCAGAGCUGCUGGAGGUCUUCGACCUGCGCAUGAUGGUGGCCAACGUGCUCAACAAGGAGAGCUUCAUGAACCAGGAGAUCACCAAGGCCUUCCACGUCCGCCGUGCCAACCGCAUCAAGGAGUGCCUGGGGAAGGGGGUCUUCGCAGACGUGGUUUUCCACGUGGACGACGGGGCCGUGCCGGCACACAAGCCCCUGCUCACCGCCGGCUGCGACUGGAUGAUGGCCAUGUUCCGGGGGGCUUUCCGGGAGAGCUACGCCGCCGAGGCAGCUGGGAUUUCACACGCCAGGCCCCGGCUCUCGCUCGUUAGGAAGCCUGCGACAAACCUCAGUGCGAAGCGCGAGCGAGGCGUCGAACCGCCAGAGGUGGGUGACAGGAGAGCUUCCACGUAA